GAAUUCCAAACACUUCAACAGCUUUUGAUCAAGCGAACAGAGAAUGGCGACUGUCUUAAGGUUUUUAGGAAGGAGAAUCUGGAAUCCAGCGGCGGAGAAAGUACGUUUGAGCAGUAGCUUAAGCGGGGGAGGUGAUUUUCCGGUGUUAAAAGGCCAGAAAGCGGCUCAAGACUUAUCCAAAGAUACCCUGAAGUCCCACGAAAUAACGAAAGACAAAGAAGGCCAACACAAAGAAGCUAAGAAGGAGUUCAAGAUUUACAGAUGGAAUCCUGACAAGCCUAACUCUAAACCAUUUCUUCAAUCUUUCUUCGUUGAUCUUUCCUCUUGUGGUCCCAUGGUUUUGGACGUGUUGCAGAAGAUAAAAGCAGAGGAAGAUGCCAGUUUGAGUUACAGAAGAUCAUGUAGAGAAGGAAUAUGUGGAUCUUGCUCGAUGAACAUCGACGGUACUAACACUGUCGCAUGUCUUAAACCCAUAAACCCCAAUACGUCGAAGCCCACCAUAAUUACUCCAUUGCCUCACAUGUACGUUAUCAAAGACCUAGUCGUCGACCUCACUAAUUUUUAUCAACAAUACAAAUCAAUGGAGCCAUGGUUAAAGACGAGGAAGCCUCCAAAAGACGGACGUGAACACCGGCAAUCACCAAAAGACCGGAAGAAACUAGACGGGCUAUACGAAUGCAUAUUGUGCGCGUGUUGUACCACAUCAUGUCCUUCUUAUUGGUGGAACCCCGAGGAGUUUCCAGGACCCGCGGCUUUACUACAAGCGUAUCGUUGGAUCAGUGAUAGCCGUGAUGAGUUUGGAGAAGAGAGACUUCAGGCGAUAACUGAGAAUCAAACCAAAGUAUAUAGAUGCAGAGCAAUCAAGAACUGUACGGCCACUUGUCCUAAAGGACUUAACCCAGCUAGUGCCAUUUUGAAAAUGAAGUCUAAGCAUUUUCUCUCCGAUCCGGUUGGAGAGGGUUUUCUAAUUCCGAGGCCGGUUCUUGAGAUGGAGGAGAACACGGCGGUGGCUGCGGCGGAGAGAAGAUCAGGUUGUGGUUUAUUAAGUGUAAUGUUUGGUAGACGUGGCUUGUGGUCCAAGAAAUCUACUGCGGCCGAUAACGGUAGCCAGAAAAGCACAUCUACGGCUGCGACCGCCACAAGCAACAUUCAAUUCACUAAAUCUCCGGGCACCGAGUUAAAGAAGCCUCGUGAUGAUCAGAAGGUUUCCGCUGAGCCAAUCCAGAAUAACAAGAUCCAGAACCAACAAAAUCACAACCAGAGAUCCGUAGUUCCAUCAAAACCCUCGUCGAAUCAAUACCCUAAUAACCAUCAAUUAGGGAGUUACGAGAAUCACCAACGAAGUAGUUAUAACAACAAUAGUAAUAGCGUUGAUCCAUAUCGAGGAGGACAGAGGAAAGUGCCAAGAGAAGCCAUUGGCUUGUCGGGUGAGCUUGAAAGCAUGAUUACGGAUCAUCAGAAAGCAAAAGGAACCAGUGGAUUGGUUCGUGCAUCUUCUAGCAAUGUCAUGUUAUAUGGUAAUCUUGGCAAUCUGAACCAGACCGGACCAGUAACGGCUGGUGUAAAUUACGGUAAUAACAAUGGAUAUGGCGUGAAGAGGGCGACGAUGGGGGCUGCAACGGCGACGACAACAAGGAGUCAAGAUCAAUCAGGAUCUUUGUGUAGAGCAAUCUCAACACGAAUGGAUCCGGAAACGUUAAAGAUCAUGGGGAAUGAAGAUUACAAGAACGGGAAUUUUGCAGAGGCGUUAGCAUUGUAUGAUGCUGCCAUUGCGAUUGAUCCGAACAAAGCUGCCUACCGUAGCAACAAGAGUGCGGCUUUGACCGCGCUAGGGAGAAUCCUUGACGCGGUUUUUGAAUGCAGAGAAGCAAUCAGAAUUGAGCCUCAUUACCAUAGAGCACAUCAUCGAUUGGGUAACUUGUACCUCAGGUUAGGAGAAGUGGAGAAAUCGAUAUAUCAUUUCAAACAUUCGGGUCCAGAAGCUGAUCGCGAAGACAUUGCAAAGGCGAAAACGGUACAGACACAUCUCAACAAGUGCACAGAAGCUAAGAGAUUACGAGAUUGGAAUGGUUUGAUUACAGAGACAACAAACACAAUCUCUUCAGGAGCUGAUGCAGCCCCUCAGGUCUAUGCAUUACAAGCAGAAGCCCUGUUGAAGACCCAUAGGCAUCAAGAAGCGGAUGAUGCAUUGUCUAGAUGUCCGGUUUUCGAUAGGGACACCAGCACUAGGUACUACGGACCGGUCGGUUAUGCUGGUUUCUUGGUCGUCCGUGCUCAGGUUCACUUGGCCUCUGGCAGAUUCGACGAAGCGGUGGAAGCGAUCCAACGUGCCGGAAAGCUGGACGGGAAUAACCGAGAGGUGAUGAUGGUUUCACGAAGGGCACAAGCGGUGACUGAAGCUCGAUUUAAAGGAAACGAGCUGUUUAAAGCCGGGCGGUACCAAGAAGCGUGCAUUGCUUAUGGUGAGGGACUAGACCACGAUCCACGAAACUCCGUUUUGCUCUGCAACCGCGCGGCUUGCUGGUCAAGAUUAGGUCAAUUCGAUAAAUCUAUUGAGGAUUGCACGGCGGCGCUUUCCGUUCGGCCGGGAUAUGGCAAGGCUCGCCUCAGAAGAGCCGAUUGUAACUCCAAGAUCGAAAAGUGGGAACUAGCGGUGGGUGACUAUGAGAUAUUGAAAAAAGAGUCGCCGGAGGAUGAGCAAGUUACCAGAGGAUUAUCAGAGGCUCAACAACAACUCAUGAAACGUCGUGGACAAGACUCUUGAGAAAUUUUUCGGUGAUUAAAAAUCACUGUGGAUA